AUGGACGAAGUCGCGGGCCUUCAGUCGGUGGCCGGCGGGCGUCGGGUGGCGAUUUUGGGCCGUCGCGGUUUUCGGAAUGCGCGACUUUCUUCGGCCGACCGCGCGGCGCCAAGCGCGAUCGCAGCGAGCGCCGGCCGCGGUGAGAGCGCGGCCCCGUUGCGACCGGUCGGCCCCACCGCUGCGCGAGCGCACACAACGCUCCGCGCCGCCGACGUCGCGACGCCCGCUCGUUUUACGCGCGCCGCCACACCGUCGCAACCGCACGGCGUGCACAACGCACGCAACGCCCCGCCACGCCGGCCCCGUUUUUCCCGCCCGACACCGGAGCGAUCGACUGCGUGUUUCGAUUGCAACCUGAAAGCGGCAAUUGAAACCGUGCGGCGCGCGGCACGCGGCAUGGAGGCAGGCGCGGCCGCUGAUGAAUUCAUCACGAUAGUUCCGGUGGGAGAGGGUAAGCCCGCCGUGAAAGACUCCGCUUUUGUUACGGUACUAACAGUUGGCGCCGCAGCAGGCGCUGCCGAAAUUGUGGUACAAAGACCCCGCGGUGCGCGUCUCGGUCUCGGACUAAAGUUCGAAGGAGGUUCCGCUGCCGCCGAAAAAGUAAGGAGACUCCUUGUUCAGUCAUGCGCUGAAGACAGUCCGGCCGCAAACGCUUGUAGCCCUUGGGGUAAACUUAUACCUGGAGAUGAAAUUUUAGCUAUCGAUGGGGUGUCUGUUUCCGAUCUAACAAGAAUCGACUGUGUCCGUCGCUUGAAAGACUCUGAUGAGACUUUAAAGCUAUUGGUUCGCCAUUUUGAAAUAAAUGAAAAGCCAGAGUUGAACAUAAUGGAUUCGGUUGAAGAAAGCUUAACUUUGAAUCAGACAUCAGAAAUAUGUGCUCAAACAACUUUACCGCCACCUGUUCCUCCGAGAAAAUUGGGCAAGAAAAACUCUUUCAAGGACAAACAGACUCUACAAACAGUCGGUGAACAAAACGCACUAGAAAACCUUGAUGGUCACAAGCAAACAAUAAAUGAUAAAGACAACUUAGGAACAAUUCAAAGUUCUGUAGUAUCCACAACAACUAAAUUGUCAAGAAAGUCUUCCUUUGAUAGUCAUAUACAUCGUCAAAAUAAAGAAGGUAUUGCAUAUCUAAAGAAAGGUUCACCCGAUGAAGUAAGGCGGUUAGUGCGCAGGUUAUCAGAUGGUAAGGUUAUGCCUCCGGAUGCAGAAGUAUAUAUUGAUUUACUCUCAAAUGAGUGGGAACGUUGUCUGGUUAUGGCGGAUGCUGAAUCAGAUGAUACGGGAAGUUCAAUUUCCACAGUUGUAGAUAGAUUGGGAUCAAUGGCAAGUUCUGUUGAAAAUAGCAUACCUUCGACUCCAAUAAUGCAACCUAAAUCUUUUGAUAUCCAUAAAGUAUUAAAUUGUAUUGAAAAUAUCGACUCAAAUAUCUUAAAGGAUAUGACAAAUGGGACAUUCAUAGAGAAUGAAAUCGCUUUAAAAAGAGAAUUUAAAAAAUUAGAAUCUAAUACUAACGAAUUUAGUAUUCAAGAGAAUUUCAUUCAGAAUACACCAAAGGAGGACUCCAUACCUUCCUCGAAAAAGCAACAUCAUAAUAAUGACAAGAAUAAUAAUUAUACUGUCGCACUAAAUCCUCCUAAAAAGUUGGAAGCUAGUGAAUCACAAAAUAAAGAACAAAAAGAUACAAAACAGGAAGUUGCAACGGACAAACCUAAGCCCAUGCCUAGAAAUACAAAAAUUGAGCGUUCUGCAAGCGAAAAAAAAAGGAAACCGAUUCCGAUUCCCGAAACAUUGCCACCGCCGGCACUAGAACCACUUCUAACUCCUACUAAAAAGACAUGUAUAGAGACUUGGUUACAGCGCUCUGAAGCAGAAAUGAACAAUAAGACUGAUGACAAGUUUGAUGAAAGCAUUGCUCCGGAAGUUUUACCACGGCUUAUCGAUUUUGUUCCCAAGUCCCAGUUUAAAGAAAAUGCGAAUGAAACACAAGUCUGUACGCGGCCAACCACGGCACCUCCACCACCACCUCCAGUUGAAACGCGCGAAGAUGGUUCUGGGGCCUCCCUUGACACAAUUGGCGAAAUGGAUGAAUCAGGCGACGUGACAGAUAGCGCGAAAGGCGUGAAGAAAAAUGAAACCAAAACUCGAAAAUCGUCCUUUGAAAGAAACUUUUGGGAAGAUCGCAUCCCUAAAAGUGAUGCAGAAGAUAAAAGUCUUUCAAAUGAUGAAACACCUCUCCCUACUUGUCCACGGCAACCACCAGAUGGCGUGGAAACCCCUUCAGAUGCAAUAGACAAGGCUCCGGAUUUACCAUCUCGGCUCCCACCACGACUUCCACCGGCCUGGUCGGACGUUGUUGAUAAUAUUAAAGCGCCAUAUCGAAAGCCGCAGCAAAUUCCAAGUAACAAACAAGCUCUCAGUGAUAGAAAUGAAAGCAAUUCUGUGAAUGAAUCUAAAAUUAGUACUUCAGUUAUUAGGCUCAUAAAAGGCGUUGGUGCAGGGGUUGGCCUUAUUUUGGCGGGUGGAAUUGAUUGUGAAGCUAAGGAUGUAACGGUACAUCGAGUCUUAGCCGAUAGUGUAGCGGCAAAAGCUGGACUCAAACGUGGAGCAAAAGUUAGAAGCAUUAAUGGUUACACUAUGACAGGUCUUACGCAUGCUCAAUCAGUCGCUAUUCUUAAGGAGCAACGAUCUGAAGUAGAUAUUGAAAUAGAAAAUGAAAUCGUGACAAAUGACAAUGUAUCGGAAUAUGGCUCUGAAAAUGCGGAGUCGAAGGAUCGUCGGAAGAAAGACGAAAUAAAAGUAGAUGACGACAAAGCCAAUAUCAAUAGUGGCGUAGUAACCGUAAUUUUGGAAAAAGCUGGCGGUGGAACUGGGCUCGGGUUUGGCCUAGAUGGUGGUCGAGACUCACCACACGGUGAUCGACCAUUGACUAUUAAAAAACUAUUUGCAGGUGGCGCAGCUGCACAGAGUGGUCGAAUUCUAGUCGGCGCGGAACUGGUCUCCGCAGGCGGACAGUCUAUGGAGACAUUUACACGUACUCAGGCUUGGGCAGCUUUGAAAUCUCUGCCAGUAGGUCCUGUAACAUUAGUGCUUCGGAAUCCUAAA